AUGCCAUUAAUAUCCAAACCAAAUAUACCCACCUCAUCAGCUCUAUCAUCUCACAUAAUCAUAACUAACCAGCCUUCACCUUCCAGUCUAAACAAUAAUUCUUUCUCGGUUAAUGAAAAUAAAGAGAAUCCAGCACCAAAAGAAUUUUGCGUAUCCAACGAGGAAAAUACAUCUAAAUCGUCCUCCAAACAAACUGUAUCUGAAGCAAUAUCAUCCCCGAUUGAGACAUCAGCUAGUGACGAUUUCAAUGCUAACUCAGAAACAAAAAAGAAUAAAAACAAAAAUACUAACAAUACCUUUAGACACGCUAAUGCAACCAAUUAA